GUUCGGUUCUUCAGUUGGAAAAGUUUCGCGGUGGUGUGAUCUGUACGGUGUGUGUGCGGCUUCUGAAGCGAUUUUUAUUUACGUGAUCGUAAUUUUUUCCGACGGUAUUAUUUUCGAAUUUUAUUACGCUAUUGUUCUUGAUUUUCUGAUAAUUUUAAAUUAUUUUCGAUCGAUAUAAUAAUCUUCGCGUAUAGAAUAGUUCGUGGAAUAUUUCUAAAUUCGGCGUUGGAAAUUCUUAUCUUUAUUUCGUGCGGUAUUUUAUCAAAACACGUUGUUGUGUUCAGUGUUGAGUGAUACUUAUUUCAUCUAUUUGUGAAUUUUUUUCAAUACUCUGCAUCGUCAAUUGAUUAUAUUAUUGAUAAAGAUCGAAGCUAGCCAUUGUUCGGAAAGUGGAACCGAUUUAUGGACUCGGGUUGACCAAUUCAGAAACCGGAAAAAAAGAAGCGUAGAACAAACUGCGGGAAAGUUUUGCCGAAAAAAUACUGUCAGCCGUGAAAAACAGUAGAGCGAAGUGAACGCUCAGAAGAAGACCGGAAGCUUCGAAAAUUGAAACUUGAUGAAUAAAUCUGGUACAUGAAUCUGAUGCAAAAACUCACCUCGCCAAUCCAUACAAUUUCGAUAAGAAAAAACAGAUGUAUCAGCGGGAAUGCGGAUUCUUUAAGUCAUAACUUUCGACUUCACCAGUUCAGAAACAGAGUGCUCGUUAGACCGCAAAUUAUGCUCAACAUUUAGAUAGCUAUCAAAUGCAAAUAGUCGCCAGUAAAAUAGCAGCAUGAUUUGGUCAUGUUUUGCCUCCGUGAUCGCAGUCCUGAUGCUAAUAUCAUCGAAUGGAGUUACCGUUACAGCUAUCGAUUUUGCUCAGUGCACUGCUGCUCUUGGAAUGCAAAGCGGUAAAAUCAAAGAUGAAGACAUUUCAGCAAGUUCUUCAUUCGACAGCGGUAACGUCGGACCUCAACAUGGCCGAAUACGAACCGAGAGUCAUGGCGGAGCGUGGUGUCCGAAACAGGAGGCUACCCAAGAACCUAAAGAAUGGCUGGAGAUAAAUUUACAACAAGUACAUGUCAUUUCAUCGGUCGAGACUCAAGGAAGAUUCGGUAAUGGCCAGGGACAAGAGUACGCCGAAGCUUAUCAACUGGAGUACUGGCGGCCUAAGCUGGGGAAAUGGAAGAAAUACCGUAAUUAUAAAGGGGAAGAGGUCAUUGCUGGUAACGAGAACACAUAUUUAGAAGCAAAACGUCAUCUAGAUCCUCCAAUAUGGGCAAGUCGGAUCCGUUUUGUGCCCUACAGUUACCAUCGACGAACCGUAUGCAUGCGAGUGGAAGUGUACGGUUGCCCAUGGAGUGACGGUAUUGUAAGUUAUUCGAUGCCGCAAGGCGAUAAACGCGGAGACUGGGAAUUUUACGACGCAACUUAUGAUGGUUAUUGGAACGAAGAACUGCAACGUGGCUUGGGACAAUUGACCGAUGGCAAAGUGGGCCCGGAGAAUUUCAAAAUGAGUUAUUACGAUUACGAAAAAAGUCAAGGAUGGGUUGGCUGGAACAACGAUACGAGAAACGGACAACCAGUUGAGAUCAAAUUCGAAUUCGAUCGCGUACGCGAAUUCACAUUUGUGCAUAUCUUCACCAACAAUCAAUUCUCCAAAGACGUACAGGUAUUCUCAAGAGCUGAGAUAAUGUUCAGCACAGAUGAUCGUCCAUAUAUCGGUAAUCCAAUCACAUACACUUACAUGGAAGACAAAGUAUUCGAAAACAGUCGAAACGUAACCAUCAAAUUGCACAGAAGAGUUGGUAGAUUCGUAAAACUACGUUUACACUUCAGCAACCAAUGGAUAAUGAUCAGCGAAGUGAUAUUUGAUUCAGACGUAGCUCAUGGUAAUUUCACAUUCGAUGUGUUUCCAACUAAUGAAAUAACUCAGAACGAUGUUAACGAAAAAGAACGCGGUUCGUUUCAUCAACAUCCUGAAAUUCCUGGUAAAAUGUCUCCUGCUCAACAAGAAGAUCAAGCAUACAUGGCUAUCAUCAUCGGAGUUCUAAUGGCGGUCAUAAUACUGCUAGCUUUCGCCAUACUUUUAAUUAUAGCCAGACACAGGCAACGUAAAUGUUUCGCUAGUCCUCUCACAGCCAAAUCAGCUCUGGCUGAGAAUCAUCCUCAUAUCUCAGCUGGUAGCAGUUGUGGUACUUAUAGUGGUAAAGAUGGGACAUCUUCAUCAUCUGGGUUAACCCACCCGCUGCAAAAAGGCGCGUCUACACAUUUGGUCAAUAGAUUGAUCAAGAUAGACGAUUACCAAGAGCCAUAUCAGGCUUUGCGGUAUGCUCCUUACUACAGUUAUAGUUCUGUAGUGAUGGAGAUGCGCGAUACGCUCAAUAAAACCGCCGUACAUGCCGAUUCUGCGUAUGAUUAUGCAGUUCCAGAGACGGGUACGAUGCCUUUGCUGAGUCCUGAUAUUCGCGAUACUCCGCCAUCCAUAUCUUCCUGUAAUAACUCCAUUAUAGCUGAUAAGGAAAGUUUAUUUACCAGAAGUUAUUCUUCGGAUGAGAAUAAAAAUAAAAAGAGUUUAAAUCCGCAAGAAAUACUUCACGCUUUGAAAAGAAGACUGGAACACACGACCGUUCCGGAAUUUCCAAGACAUCGGCUACGAAUGCUUUCACGCCUGGGAGAAGGCGCUUUCGGAAGGGUUUACAUCGCCGAAGCCGAUGGUAUUAUGGAAUACGGUGCUACAUCCUCAUUAGGAAAACGCUUAGUGGCUGUUAAAUUCCUCAUGCAAAAUGCCAGCGAAAAAGAAAAAAUCGAUUUCCAUCGCGAUGUUCGAAUUUUAGCCGCCUUAGAAGAUGUAAAUAUAGCCCGAGUAUUGGGUGUUUGUACCAGCGAAGAGCCACUUUGCGUAAUUAUGGAAUACCUCGAGCACGGCGACUUGAAUGAAUUUCUUAAAACACACGUCGCUGCUGAAACCACACGAUCUCAUCCUGUAGGAGUUAAAACUCUUAGUUUCAACUGUCUUUUAUACAUGGCAACCCAAAUAGCUUCAGGAAUGAGGUACUUGGAAUCUUUGAAUUUCGUGCAUAGAGAUUUAGCCACGAGGAAUUGUCUAGUUGGUAAAGCAUAUCAAAUCAAAAUCUCAGAUUUUGGUACAGAUAACGAACUGUAUACGUCGGAUUAUUAUAAAAUAGACGCGAAUACUUCGUUACCCGUUAGAUGGAUGGCUUGGGAGUCGGUCUUUUUGGGCAAAUAUACGACAAAAAGCGACGUCUGGUCUUUCGCAGUUACCUUAUGGGAGAUAUUAACUCUAGCCAGAGAACCUCCCUACCAAGAAUUAACCGAUACCGAAGUGAUGCAGAAUUUAUCACAUUUACACCACGAAAAUGGUCUGUUCGUUUACCUACCAAGACCUCCAUGUACCAAAGAUAUAUUCGACCUUAUGUUAGAAUGCUGGAGGAAGCAAGAAGCUGAAAGACCUACCUUCAGAGAAAUACAUUUAUUCCUACAACGAAAAAAUCUAGGAUAUGCUCCGGUAUCGUAAAAAACAAACGAAUAUUUACGUAUCGCUGACUAAACUUUCCUCUCUCCUCACCAAGCAAUAUAAAAUUAUAAAUUAGUACCAAUUUUUUUGUUAAUUUUUGUUAGUACCUCUAUAUUCUCGUAUAUUAUGUAAAAAAAAAAACGUUACUUUUUUUAGAAGGCUGAAAACGACAUUCGUUUUUUUUAUCAUUAUUCUUUAUUUAAUUUUUUUUUUUUUAUUGAAUCGCCGUGUUUGUAAUUCGAUGUAUGGAGAAUUGCCGAACUAUGUAUAGAGACUCUUUAUGUGAUAGUUUUUUUUUCUUUUCACCUUUCCUAUGUUUUAGCGAAUUUCGCGACCGCGGUAUAGUAAUAAUUUGUAAGUAAUGUUAUUUAUUUUUAGUUAUCGCUGUUAUCUUCGAACUAGUCAUUUGUGUUUUAAUUAUUUUAGCAAAUAUGUUAUUUGUUCAACGGAAAUAUUGUUGCCUAGAGUUAAUCAUUUAUGCGCAGCGAUUUACCUAAUUCGUCAAUCAGAAAAAAAUCAUCCAUCGAAUGUGAUCGUCAACGGACAAAAUUUUUUUAUAUUUUGAUAAAAUAUUCGACAAUACGUACGAAUCAUUGUGAAAUAAUUUAUUAUAUCGAUAGCUCGUAUUCUGAAAUGAAGUUUUUCACUGGAAAAAUUAUCGCUUUUUAUUUUUAGCUUCUGGUACUGCUACUUACCUAUACCUUUUGUAAAAAAAAUUUCUAAAACUUUCAAUGACAAUCUUAUUAAAAUAAUUGUACAUAUUAUUUAUUACUAAAUGUGCGAAAAAAAAUCAGCGUCUUUGACACUUUGAAAACGAAAAACAAUUUUUUUUUCGAUUCACUUCUGUCGGCAUUUUUUUUUCUUCGUUGUUUUUUUUCAUUACAAAAUAUAGCUUAACUGUGUUUUUAUGUUUGGUACCUUACCUUUUUUUUUAUCUUUGUUUUUGGAUCUCGAAUAUAUCAUUAUGUGUUUUUAAUUUUUCGAUUUGAGUCAAUUGUCAAUGGUAAAAUUGUGAUAUUCGUGUAUAAAAAUUUAUUUCAUUGAAGAAUUUGUACUCAACCUCGCUGAUAACGUUCACGAAUUGAUUAUUUUACCACUGACUCGUCUCAAGAUUAUGACAAUUUACUGCGUUAAUGAAGCUAACAUUUUCUAUCAUAUUAUGUUUUUGUUUUCGUUUUUUUUUUUUUUUUUUGCUACCAUAUUCGUAUAUGAAACUCUGUACGCGAUGUAAAUGACUCUACGUAGAAUUUUUUUAUACCUAUGAUUAUAUCUGUAAUUUGUGUACUGAAAAUCAGUUUUUGAAUGGACCACUUGAUAUGGUCAAUAUGUUACAGCAUCGAUAAUUUUGUACAAUUUUUAUGUAAUAUAUGUUUAUUAAUUCUGA